AUGAACGAGGAGUCGGCUGCAGGCCUGUCAUGCCAGCCCCCUCUGCCCUCGAAGCUCUAUGGCACCAUCGAACCAAAGGAAGAGUCAGAGGGACAGGGGGAGUUUUCCCGCAAAAGGUCUUACCUGGCAGUUGCUGUCCUAUGCUAUAUUAACCUGGUGAACUACAUGGACUGGUUUGUUGUACCAGGAGUACUUGAGAAGAUACAGAUAUUCUUCAGCUUUGGAGACAGUGAGGCUGGCCUGUUGCAUACAGCUUUCAUCCUCUGCUUCUUGUUCUCGGCGCCACUGUUUGGAUACCUUGGGGACCGAUACAAUAGGAAAAUCAUCCUGAGCGCUGGAAUAUUACUUUGGUCAGGCGUUACUCUUGGUAGCUCCUUCAUCGCUGAGUCGAUGGCCUGGUUAUUCUUCAUUUCACGUGGACUGGUGGGUGUCGGCACCGCCAGCUAUUCCACAGUAGCGCCUUCCAUCAUUGCUGAUUUAUUUGAGAAAGACCGCAGGACGUGGGUGCUGUCCAUCUUCUACAUUUUCAUACCAGUUGGAAGUGGCCUUGGUUACAUCCUGUCUUCUACGAUGGAGCAAGCCACUGGCAACUGGAGCUGGGGUUUCCGAGUUACACCUUGCAUGGGAGCGGUUGGCCUAGCUCUCCUGGUCCUGUUGGUCCCCGAAUCUUCCCACCGUGCAGCUAAGAAGCAUGUAGAAAACGUUGGCGAACAGGGAGAGAAUUCAACUUGGUGCAAAGACAUCUCAUCCCUUUGCAGAAACUGGAGUUUCGUAUGGUCCUCGCUGGGUGUGACAGUCCUGACCUUUGUCACAGGAGCUCUGAGCUUCUGGAUUCCCACGUUCCUCUGCAGAGCUCAGUUCCUCCAUAGCAAUGUCUCUUCGUCAAGACAGGAAAAAUGCAGUGCCUCCAACAGCAUGAUCUUUGGAGGCAUGACUGUUGCUGUGGGCAUUUUGGGGGUUGUUACCGGUGCAGAAGCUGCCAGAAGAUACAAGAAGAUUAACGCACAAGGUGAUCCCAUCAUCUGCGCUGUGGGUUUGCUUGCUUCGGCACCAUGCCUGUAUCUGGCGAUCAUGCUGGCUCAGGACAGCAUAGUGGCUACAUACAUUUUUAUUGCCCUUGGAGAAUUUCUUUUAUCUUUAAACUGGGCCGUUGUGACUGACAUACUCUUGUAUGUUGUGAAACCCGAACGCCAGUCAACAGCCAUGUCUCUGCAACUUUGCGUCAGCCAUUUGCUGGGCGACGCUGGAAGCCCGUAUCUCAUUGGAAUGAUCUCCGAUGCGGUCCAGAAGAGCCAGGCUCAUCCGUCUGUCUUAUGGUCCUUCCGAAGCCUCCAGUACAGCUUUGUCCUGUGUGCCUUUGUCAGUAUCUUAGGCGGAGGCUUCUUCCUCCUGACGGCCUUUCACGUUGAAGAAGAUCGCAUAAAAGCUGCAAUGCCGAUUCAAGGUAUCGAAAACAAAGUUUACCACUUGCAUGAACAACAGCUGCACAAACUUCCUGAGAAGUAG